AUGACGGAGAAACGGAGCUCGCGCCGAUCCUUCCGGCCGUGGAUCGUCCUCGCGACGAUCGGCCUGCUCGGCCAGCUGCAGCAGGCCCGCGGCGAGAUCUACACCAAGAUGUUCUCCAGCCAGCAGAAUCCCAGCGAUCCGUGCUACGACGAGGACCGGCCGCGCCGGUGCAUACCCGACUUCGUGAACGCGGCCUUCGGCGCGACCGUCGAGGCGUCGUCCACGUGCGGCACCGGCGGGCCCACCCGCUACUGCGACGUCACCGACGAGCCCGGCGGCACCACCGGCAUCGGCCACUGUCACGUGUGCGACGACAGCACGCCCCGGCGACGCUUCCCCGCCAGCUAUCUGACCGACCUCAACAACCCGAACAACGUCACCUGCUGGCGCAGCGAGCCGCUCGUCAGCUCGCAGAGCUUCUCGGCGCCGCCCGACAACGUCACCCUGACCCUCUCGCUCGGCAAGAAGUACGAGCUGACGUACGUCAGCCUGCAGUUCUGUCCGCGCGCCGCCAAGCCGGACUCGAUCGCGAUCUACAAGUCCAUGGAUUACGGCAAGACCUGGCAACCGUUUCAGUUCUACUCGUCGCAGUGCCGUCGGGUCUACGGCAGGCCCAAUCGCGCGACCAUCACCAAGGCGAACGAGCAGGAGGCCCGGUGCACCGACAGCCAUCGUUACACCGGCGGUGACGGUAUGAACCCGGUCAGCAGGAUCGCCUUCAGCACUCUAGAGGGUCGGCCGUCCGCCGCCGACUUCGACAAUUCGCCGGUGCUGCAGGACUGGGUGACCGCCACCGAUAUCCGGGUGGUGUUCAACCGGCUGCACAUGCCGCACCAGCCGUCGAGCCCGGACUCGCUCAACGGCGAGGAGCAUCACGUGGCGGCGAUCGGGCUGGAGGAGCUGACGAAGCGGGAACGGGAGCGCGAGGAGCGCCUGAAGAAUCAGAAGAACGCGAUUCUGCACGUGCAGGACCCGCUGGUGACGGCACUGCCGUCGGUCCAUCAGGUGAUCGCGCCCCAGGAGAUGCAGUCGAACGACGCGAUCGACGCCGCGGUCCGCGACAUGAGCUUCGUGCCGGUCACCAUCUCCUCGACCACGACCACGCUCGCCAGUGUGGCGAUGAACGGCCUGGGCCCGGCCACCGCCACCAUGGCCCAUCACUACGCGGUGUCGGACUUCGCCGUGGGCGGCAGGUGCAAGUGCAACGGACACGCGGCGCGCUGCAUCCCCAGCAAGGACGGCGAGGUCGUCUGCGAGUGCAGGCACAACACCGCCGGCAGGGACUGUGAGCGAUGCCGGCCCUUCCACUUCGACCGGCCGUGGGCCAGGGCCACCGCCAGGGACGCCAACGAGUGCAAAGUGUGCAACUGCAACCUCCACGCGAGAAAGUGCAGAUUCAACAUGGAGCUGUACAAGCUGUCGGGCCGUGUCAGCGGAGGCGUUUGUCUGCAGUGCCGGCAUUCUACGGCAGGAAGGCACUGUCAUUACUGCAAAGAAGGUUUCUACAGGGACCCGGCGAGACCGAUCACGCAUCGCAAGGCCUGCAAACCGUGUGACUGCCAUCCGAUCGGAGCUUCUGGAAAGACCUGUAACCAGAGCAGCGGCCAGUGUCCCUGCAAAGACGGCGUAACCGGUAUUACUUGCAACAGAUGCGCCAGGGGCUACCAACAGAGCAGAUCGCAUAUUGCGCCUUGCAUCAAGAUACCCAGGGUCGUGCAGACGCAGGGCACGGCUGGCGAGGAGAGCGGCGAGCACGAGGAUGACGACGACGAGCGCGGAUACGACGGACGAGCUGAUCAGUGCGGAAAGUGUCGCGCCAGCACGAAGAGGCUAAAUCUCAACAAGUACUGCAAAAGAGACUACGCUAUUCUGGGCAGAAUAACGGACAGACACAAGAAAAGCGACGGCUCGCAGGCCGGCACAAGCGUAACAGGCACAUCCUGGAUCCGAUUCACUCUAAAUAUCGACUUCAUCUACAAGAAAAAUCCUAACUCGAGGCUCCGACGUGGCGACAUCUCCCUUUAUGUUCACUCGGCUGAUCUGGCUUGCAGAUGCCCCAAAAUCAAGCCUAAUAAAUCGUACUUGAUCCUUGGCCAAGAGAGUGACGGCGGUGGCCAAGGUGGACUCACGGUGACACAGAGGUCGAUCGUCAUCGAGUGGCGCGACGAAUGGCAUCGCCGAAUGCGCCGUUUCCAACGAAGGGCGAGAUCGUGCCAUUGAAAUGCUCGUACGUCGCGGAAAGAGAGGCAGAGAUAGAAAGCAUGAUGAAGAGAGAAAGAGAGAGAAAAAGAAAGAGAGUGA